UCUCAAUUAGAUACCAAUCUAAUCACCGGUGCGUCAACACACACACACUCACUGGGGAUUUUUUUCUGCACGCACGGUCAACUUUUCUUUUUCUUCGCCUUUCGGGCUAACCCUCGCUCACUUGCUCAUAUACAGGCUCUCUAGUCAUCACUUGGAACUCGACUUGGAGCUCCUGUACUGCAAACAGGAUCUGGUGUCUUAUCUGUGAUGGGGGCAGCGGCCGAGGUUGGGAGCUUUGCCAACGGAUUUUUGGACAGCUUUGGUGCCGCUCCGGCUCCGGUUGGCUCUCAUUUUAUUCUUACUCCUGCCGGGGCGGUGGACUACAGUUCGGCAACCGGAUUGAUGAUGGGGGCACAGGGGCAGCAGCAGGACCACCUGGUGUCCGCGGAGAGGCUGUCCCGGAGCCUGGCGGACCUCAGCCAUCUGAAAGGGAUUCUGAGGCGGAGGCAGCUUUACUGCAGGACCGGUUUCCACCUGGAGAUUCAUUCGGACGGCACCGUGCAGGGCACCAGGAAAGACCACAGCAGAUUCGGGAUUCUGGAAUUCAUCAGUUUAGCUGUGGGACUGGUCAGCAUCAAAGGGGUGGACAGUGGCCUUUACCUUGCCAUGAAUAGCAAGGGGGAACUGUAUGGCUCUGAGAAACUGUCAGCAGAAUGUGUCUUCAGAGAGCAAUUUGAAGAAAACUGGUACAACACUUACUCCUCUAACAUCUAUCGGCAUGGAGACAAAGGUUCAUUUUAUUUUGUUGCCUUGAACAAAGAUGGGACAUCCCGGGAUGGAACAAGAUCAAGGCGGCAUCAGAGGUUCACUCACUUUCUACCAAGACCUGUAGAUCCAGAAAGAGUUCCAGACUUGUACAGAGACAUACUGGGUCAGAGUUGAGGCAGAAUGCAUUAGCUGAUCAAAAGCAAGGUUAAGAGCAGAAGUGCACCUGAACACGUCCCCUUAAGGGAGAUGGAAGAUCUUGUUGAUCUGGACAAAAUAGGAUCAUAAAAGUGCACCAAAUCAACACUCCCCACUGCUGGCAUGGAGAAAGGAAAGAGAACCUGACUAGCUGGGGAGACUGACUGAACGGCACCAGGGAUCUUCUGUGGAAGCUGUGAAGACCCCUAUGGCAGAGACAGAGACUACCAGGGCUCCAAAUAUUUUCUCCUUAUCAGCCUAUGCAAAAGCCCUGGUGGCCAAAUGGAUGAUCUUAGAAUUUUAUUAACUUUCACGAAUGAAAUCCAACUAUCUGCUUGCCCAGACUGCAUGUUCAAAAGGACAAAGGUGUGAACUUGAUAGUUGAGAUUAACAACUGGCUGCUAUUAAUCUUUUACUGCUGUGUCUUGUCAAUUUCACUGUUUUGAGUUGAACUUUUUACUUUAUUCAAACAUUACUGUGGCUGCUAAGUAAGCAAAUAAUUUACAUGCAUAAUCCACUAUACAGUGUGGCUAGUUUACAUAAAAAGAAAAAAAAAAGUAGUUCAUGCACUGGAAAGCAGCCAUGUUUGUUCUGGGAAACGGGUCUUAGAGUUGGGAUAAUCAAUUAUACUAAAAUAACUGUUGUGAUGGCAAGGGUGAAGUCCCAUUGAAAUCAAUCCAAAAUAUGACUUUUCUGCAAAAUGCAUGAGGAGGAGGAGAAGAACAACAGUGUGUGUUUUAAUGGAGCUCUCAUGGAAGCCAGUGAAGGAAUUCUGACUCUCGUCAAACAACGGAUGGGACUGACAAAGACACCUUUGCAAACAUUUUGACAAAUUUUAUUCUUAUUUAUGAGUUUUUCUUUCC